CAGACUGUGCCUGAAGCAUGCGCAGUGCGGGUAAUGGCGAUGGAGAGACGGAUACACAAUAGGGUAUUAGAAGGGGAGGAUUUGCAGUCAUGAAAUUCAAACCAAACAUCACAUUGGGACCUGACAGAGUCGCCAAUUUACCAUAACCUGAAUAUCAUCACAUUUUGAACAUGGAAGGGAAAAACACCAUUCAGAGUGGGGAGAAACCGUGGAAAUGUGGAGACUGCGAGGAGGGAUUCAGAUCCCCGUCUGAACUGGAAGCUCAUCGACGCAGUCACACUGGGGAGAGGCCGUUCUCCUGCCCUGAGUGUGGAAAGGGAUUCAGUCGGUCAUCCAACCUGCUGCAACACCAGAGAGCUCACACUGGGGAAAGGGCAUUCACCUGCUCCCAGUGUGGGAAGGGAUUCACUCAGUCAUCCCACUUAGUGAGACACCAGCGAGUUCAUAGUGGGGAGAGGCUGUUUACCUGCCCUGAGUGUGGGAAGGGAUUCACUCGAUCAUCAGGGCUGCUGACGCACCAGCGAGUUCACACUGGGGAGAGGCCGUUCACCUGCUCCCAGUGUGGGAAGGGAUUUGCUCAGUCAUCCAACCUGCUGAAACACCAGCGAGCUCACACUGAUGAGAGACCUUUUAAAUGCCCAGACUGUGGGAAGUGCUAUAAAAUUUCCCUGGAUCUGAUGCGCCAUCAACUUGUUCACACUGAUGAGAGACCAUUCAGGUGCUCUCACUGUGAGACUGGGUUCAGGCGAUCAGAAGAACUCACUGUACAUCAGCGAGUUCACACUGGGGAGAGGCCGUUCACCUGCUCCGAGUGUGGGAAGGGAUUCACUCAGUCAUCUGCACUGUUGACACACCAGCGAGUUCACACUGGGGAGAGACCGUUCGCCUGCUCCAAGUGUGGGAAGGGAUUCACAGAUCCAUCCACCCUGCUGAAGCACCAGAGUGUUCACACUGAUGAGAGACCUUUUAAAUGCCCAGAGUGUGGGAAGUGCUAUAAAAGUUCUCGGGAACUGAUGUCCCAUCAACGUGUUCACACUGAUGAGAAACCUUUUAAAUGCCCAGACUGUGGGAAGUGCUAUAAAAGUUCCGGGGACCUGAUGCGCCAUCAACGUGUUCACACUGACGAGAGACCAUUCAGGUGCUCUCACUGUGGGACUGGGUUCAGGGGAUUAGAGCAACUCACUGCACACCAGCGAAUUCACACGGGGGAGAGACCGUUCACCUGCGUUAUAUGUGGGAAGGGAUUCACUCAGUCAUCCACCCUGCGGACACACCAGCGCGUUCACACUGGGGAGAGACCGUUCACCUGCCCUGACUGUGGGAAGGGAUUCACCACCUCAUCCACCCUGCUGAAACACCAGCGAGUUCACAGGUGACUAUUGUGAUGGUAUUUUGCUGUUAAUCACAUCCUGGACUGAACCAUGUUCAUUGGCAUCUGUUGCUAUAGAUAUUCAUAAACUCCAGCCCAAUCAUAUGGAUUAAUUGUCUGGAUAAAAGUCAAA